GCCAACCGCCAAAAGUCUACAAGAAGAAGAGAAAGCAGAAACAACAUUUCAAGAUGUCGUCGCUGAAUGACAGAUCAGUUUGGGAUGAAGUGGAGGAUGGCAUCGGCGAAGAGGUCCUUAAGAUGUCCACUGAAGAGAUUGUUCAGAGGACUCGUCUUUUGGACAGUGAAAUUAAGAUCAUGAAGAGUGAGGUUCUGCGUGUCACUCAUGAGCUGCAAGCCAUGAAAGACAAGAUCAAGGAAAACACAGAAAAAAUCAAAGUGAACAAGACUCUGCCCUACCUCGUCUCCAACGUCAUAGAGCUGCUUGAUGUAGAUCCUAAUGACCAAGAGGAGGAUGGAGCCAAUAUUGAUCUGGACUCGCAGAGGAAGGGCAAGUGUGCCGUCAUCAAAACCUCCACGCGGCAGACCUAUUUCCUGCCUGUGAUUGGUUUGGUGGAUGCUGAGAAACUGAAACCUGGUGAUCUUGUGGGUGUGAAUAAAGACUCUUACCUGAUUUUGGAGACUCUACCCACUGAGUAUGACUCUAGAGUUAAGGCCAUGGAAGUGGAUGAGAGGCCUACAGAGCAGUACAGUGACAUUGGUGGCCUUGACAAACAGAUUCAAGAGCUGGUGGAGGCAAUUGUUCUGCCCAUGAACCACAAAGAGAAGUUUGAGAAUCUGGGGAUCCAACCACCAAAGGGAGUUCUGAUGUACGGACCGCCAGGCACAGGAAAGACGCUGCUGGCCAGAGCCUGCGCAGCCCAAACCAAGGCAACCUUUUUGAAGUUGGCUGGCCCUCAGCUUGUGCAGAUGUUUAUUGGUGAUGGUGCCAAACUGGUACGUGACGCAUUUGCUCUUGCCAAGGAGAAAGCGCCCUCCAUCAUCUUCAUUGAUGAGCUGGACGCUAUCGGCACCAAGCGCUUUGACAGUGAGAAGGCUGGAGACAGAGAGGUGCAGAGGACCAUGCUGGAGCUACUCAAUCAGUUAGACGGCUUUCAACCCAACAUGCAAGUGAAGGUGAUUGCUGCCACUAACAGGGUGGAUAUCCUUGACCCGGCUCUGCUGCGUUCAGGUCGUCUGGAUCGUAAGAUUGAGUUCCCCAUGCCCAACGAGGAAGCUCGUGCUCGCAUUAUGCAGAUUCACUCACGCAAGAUGAAUGUCUGUCCUGAUGUGAACUAUGAAGAAUUGGCACGCUGUACUGAUGACUUCAAUGGAGCUCAAUGUAAAGCAGUUUGUGUUGAAGCUGGCAUGAUUGCUCUGCGCCGUGGGGCCACUGAACUUAACCAUGAGGACUAUAUGGAGGGCAUUCUGGAGGUGCAGGCGAAGAAGAAAGCCAAUCUGCAGUACUAUGCUUAACCCAGUAGAGGUGUGUGUGUGUGUGGGGGAGCGUGAAAGAGGUCCAACUGCAGGAUCAGGUACACCUGUAAACCUGUGCUACUGGGAUCCAUUACUGUUCUGUGUAAUUACCUGGUUCUGUUGGAGACAGAUCAACCGAAAUCAGAUUGGACUGCCUCACAGUGAUCACUUAUGGGAUAUUUUUCAGUUAAACUUUUUGUCUUUCAGUUCAUUAAAACACAAGCCUUUUUUCCAU